AAUCUCAUACCGGAUAACAUAAUCGCCGCCACAUUUAGCACUCAUUACACGGCACUCGUGCCCAUCGACUCCCAUAACCUGACCCUUGGGUACAAAAAACUGGCCGAAAGGGCGUUCAAACCAAAUAUUAUAUUCUCCUUGAUAAUGUCAAUGGCCUUUCCGGGUGCACCAUCUGGCGGUUCAUCUAUAGUUAAUUUCAUAGCAUUUUGCUCAGUCAUCGGAAUUGAUAACCCGUUAGAUAUACUCGCGUACACAAUGACAAUGGACUGGCUCAUGGUGCGUACAAUGGGCAACGUC